AUGAGGGCACUACUCAUCUCAUUGCUACUUUUUUGUGCAGCGCACGCCGCUCCAAUCGAAGGCGACUCCGAAUUAAACUCUUUCGAUCCGGACUUUGGCGUCUACCUCGGAGAAUUCAGCAACCAAGCUGACGGUUCGGUCUCCGGAAAGCUUUACGUCGUCAACGACACGGCCCUCCAACUCGUCAACUUUACCUAUACGGGCAAGACCCCAGAUGUCUAUUUCUGGCUGGACAAGCAAGACACCCCGACCCAAGAUGGAGUCAAACUACCAACAUUUGAAUUCGGAAUUGCGCCCAUCGGCGAAUACAAAAACGCAGCCCGAGUCGUUCUACUCCUCCCCCGUUUGCACAAGAUCAGCGAGUUCGAGAGCUUCUCCAUCUACUCCCCGAAAGCUGAGCAAAACUAUGGAACCAUCAUUAUCCCGGAGAACGUUCAAGUCCCAAAGGCGCAGUUCUUGGCUGGCGAACUCAAGGGCUCCCGCUACUCUGUCGCCUCCGGUCCGAUCUUGGUCGUUGAUCGGCGCACGAUCAAAGUCUUUGGCUUUACAUUCGAUGGAGACAAAGCCCCCGAUGGCUACUUCUUCGUUGGAAAGGGUGCUAACAUUGUGAAUGACGCUGGCGUGAAGGUACCAAUUCGAGGACGUGAUACUCCUGACCAAAUUGCCGCUAUGAAUGAGCGAUACCGAGGUGGACAAGAUCUCGUCAUUGACCUCCCCGAAGACUACGAUGUUCUCGAUAUUGACUGGCUAUCCAUCUAUUGCUAUAAAUUCCGUGUCGACUUUGGACAUGUCGAUAUUUUCAACAUUUCUACCCGUAUUCCGCCGUAUGUUCCUCCACAAAAGAGGUUUGCCGAACUUGAAAUCGAUGCCAACGCCUGGCCGGUCACUCGAUUACUUGGAAAUGACCAGCGGAGGAACUUCACCUUCCAGCUCGGACUCCCCGGUGGAAAGAAAGGAUAUCAAGCAAUGGCUGGUGCUCGUCCUGCAAAAUACGUGUGGUACGUCAACGGCUAUUUGGCCGAGCUUUACCUGAAGAAGGGAAUCACAUACACCUUUAUUGUGGAAGGAGGAGACGACAAGUCUACAAAUGAUUUCUACAACCCACUCUACAUCUCCGACGAUCAGUACGGUGGUUAUGGAAAAUUGAGCAAAGAGGAGAAGACGCAAAUCCAAUUCUUCACCGGAGCCAAUCCGGAUCAGCACGUCGGACGACUUUGCGUCUGGACGUCAGAUGAUACCGUUGACGCAACGAAAUUCGACUCGUUCAUCAGCUUCAGAAAGUCGCUAACUCUGAAAUGCGAGACGGAUAAGGAGCCUGAGGUGUUUGAAUUUACUCCUACCGACGAUAUGCCAAGCACGGUGUAUUUCCAGUCAUACGCUACCUACAAUAUGGGAUACAAAAUCCAUUUGGUCGACGAGAUGCCAACUGGAGUACAGGAUAUCAUUGAGGAACCUUAUAAAUAUGAAGAAUGGUCUGCAACACAAGAACAGGGAACUGGCCCUACUUCAUCAGCUGCCACUGCCUUCUCUUGCUUGUGUCUUUUCUUCGCAGCAAUGGUUUUGAAUCGC